CAACUUCCUGUUGCCUGGAAAGGCCUCAGCCCAAGACCUGGCAUAAUGAAACUCCUUAUGGUGUUAGGAGAACUACUGCUGCUACUUGUUUCCUUGAUGUGGACGUGUUCUGGGCAACAGCCAGUGUUGUUGGAAUGCAGUCAUUUUUAUUUCCGUGCUACAGUUAAAAGAGCACUAUUUUAUGAGAAUGAAUUGGUAGGUCCUGAUGAAUUAUUUUUAGGAACUGGCUGUCCAGCAACUCAAGUGCGACCAUAUGAAUUAAAGUUUGAUUAUCCCCUUAAUCUCUGUGGAAUUGUAAAGCAGGUUUUCUUUGAUAGAGUUGUCAUCCAUUCCUGGCUUACCUAUACACCAAGGAAUCGAUCAUUUUCUGCUGAACUCCAUUUGCAAUGUAUGGUUCCCAGGAGGCUCUGA